ACCCUGGACGGUAUAUUUCUUUUUUAAAGAAAAAAUGCAUACACAAAAGUUUGAGUGGCAAUAUUUCAUCUUUAGAUUGCUGAUACUUUUGAUAUAUGCUUUAAAUGUUGUAAUUUGUGAAACUGGAGAGUGUAGAGAGCAGGAGUACAGAGAUCAUGAUGGAAAUUGUAUAUUGUGUGAACAAUGUGGUCCUGGAAUGGAAUUAUCUAAGGAAUGCGGUUUUGGAUAUGGCGAGGAUGCCCAGUGCAUGACGUGCAGGCCAAACCGAUUCAAAGAGGACUGGGGCUUUCAAAAAUGCAAACAAUGUUUGGACUGUGCUUCAGUAAAUCGAUUUCAGAAAAGCAAUUGUUCUGCCAUUAGCAAUGCUGUUUGUGGAGACUGCUUGCCUGGAUUUUAUAGAAAGACAAAGCUUGGAGGCUUUCAGGAUAUGGAAUGUAUCCCUUGUGGUGAUCCACCUCCUCCUUAUGAACCACACUGCACUACAAAAGUGAAUUUGGUGAAAAUCCCAUCAACUGUUUCCAGCCCACGAGACACUGCUCUCGCUGCUGUGAUAUGCAGUGCACUGGCAACCGUACUUUCAGCGCUCUUCAUCCUGUGUGUUAUCUAUUGCAAGAGACAGUUCAUGGAAAAGAAGCCAAACUGGUCUGUACAAUCACAGGAUGUUCACUAUGAAGGUUCAGAACUUGCAUGUUUUGAUAGAUCACAACUUAAUAUAUAUGAACAUAGAACAUGCUGCCAGGGCCAGCAGGAUUCAUUACAGAUGUGUGGCCCAGUGCAUUUGAUUCCAUCACUGUGCUGUGACGAGUCCUGUAGCUUUGAACAUAGCUGUCAUGGCUGUCCUUUUCACUCUCAGACUACUCUUCAUGAAAGGAAUUCAAAUUCUAUUGGAGAAAUGAUUCCAGCAUUUCUUGGUUCUCUUUCACAUUCCACUUGUGGAGAUCUUUCAGAUGCUUGGCCUCUCAUCCAAAAACCAGAAUGUUGUGAUAGUAUUUCUUUCACUGAAUCAUACCCUGAACUAGUGGGAGAAGAUGAAAACCUUUUCAGCCCUCUAGAGAUAGAAAGAGACGCUGUGGAUUCAGCUAACAAACAGGAUUUAAAUGUAGUCACUUCUACAAAACCUCAUUUUGGAAGCUUGACAGAAUCACCUGAACUUUCCAAUAUCACUGCUCCCUUAGAUCAGGUUUUGGCUGCUGAACCAUUCUCAGCAACAGAGUAUGACAGAACAAACUGAUAAACAGGAAUCCUCAUGGCCUUUCCUGGCAGCCCUUAAAUUGAGUGCCUCUUCUCGAAUGUUUGUGAGUGGAAUGCUGCCUGGGUCUCAGUGGUACUGUUUCAGAAACAGCUGAAAUAAAUUGGCAGCUUUUGAAAGCUCUUUGGCAGUUGGAUUUGCAACAAAGCAGCUGUGUGAGAAGAUUUCAAGGAGCAACGUGGUCAAAGACCAAGGGCAGCAGCUAACUGCGGGUUGUUCCUCAUUCAGAUAUAGUUUGAUGGAUUGAUCUCACAGCUAAGGAGAUUAUGUAAGGAUAACAAGCAGUAGAAUAGUCUUCUGAGUAUAUGUACUAACAGCAGAUGUGUGACAGAAAUUUAUCCUUUUAUUAUGUUGGCAAAAAGAAGCACUUGAUAGGAUUUGCAACAAAGCUGUGUUGAAUCCCUGUGAAUGUGCCAAGAAUCUUAGCACUGCAAAGAAUCCUUUUUAGGAAAAAUGAAAAUUGCUGAUUUGUCUAUACUUAUUUAUUGUGAACCUGGAAAUAUUCUCUGCUGUCACAGUUCAGUAUUGCAUAAGUGUUUAUAUCGAAAAAGCAUAUUGUAGAAAUUGAAAAGUGGUGCUCAAGAGCCUUCUGCACAGCUCUUUAUAGGGCAGCUCUCUGAUGUUUAUCUUGAACUACAUCCCAGUGGGUUCAGUGCUGUCUACUCUGGAGGUAAAAUAACUCCAAUUUUCAAUGAAAUACUUCCCCUACAAAUAACUGCUGUUAUAUGCUGGUGUUUGGCAGAAUUUCCUAAUUCAAAAAAACACAUUAGAUGUCAUUUAUUUCAGUAGUGGUGUUUUGUUAGUUAUAUCGGGCAUUUACUAUGUCAGUGAAAUUUUAUGUGCUUUUUUAUACAUUUUUUUUAAAGUUUGAAAUAAGACCUAAAAUUAUAAAUGCCUUUGGCCCCUUGGGCAGUGUCUCAGGACCCUAGGAUUCCUUACAUUUGAAUAAAGAAAUGAGCAGAAAGCAUUCAGGAUCCAAAACACUCUACCAUUUCCAUGUCUCUAAACUGAAGGGAAAUAUAGCUCAGCAGUGGGACUAUUAAAAAAAAUCCCAUUGCUUGAAGAAGUAGGUAGAGAUGUAUAUAUCAGUAAUUAUUUCUGCUCUUUAAAAUAGUAGCAAAGAGAGCAUUAGAAUAGUUCUACUACUCUGCAAUACUGUUCCCUCUUACUUGUGGAUAAAAAUUAAAUUCAAUGGAAUCUAUUUUCUUAGUAGAUAUGGAUAAAAUUGUAGUCUUAAAAGUUACAUUUGUAAACCCACAAAUACAAUAAUUGAGGGAAUGCAGUGUUAUGUAUAGUUACUUGAAAGGUAAGGCCCACCAAAAAGUAGUAGGUAAGGUCAGACAUCCGAGGCAGAUUGGUAUGCAGGGUACUAUGUUAACAUUAUUAUUGCAAAAUUCACAUUUAUAUAAUUUUUGCAUGAGAAACCAUAUUUAUGUAAACUUUGUAAAUAAUCUGACAUGCAUUUCAGUAUUGUGUAAAACUUUUGAUAAAAUAUAUAUAGAAAUUUCACCUAUGAAAGCUCUUUCAUAAAUUAAUUUUGUCAUUUUUAUCCAUUAUCUGUGCUAUCUAUGGACAAUGGUCAUUUUGUAUGUGUAAUUUACACUUUAUAUAAUUAGAUUACCCACCAACCCACGUAUUAAAAAUGAAGAACUGGGAAGUAUAAAUUACAUAUACUAUACUGUUCAUAAAAUGUUUGAUUCAAUUAAAUUCAUAUUAAUUAUGUUGCCUAUGUCAAACAUGUUGCAUAUGUGCAAAAAGAUUGAAUGAUUGAUUAUGAGCCAUCAAGUUGGGGUCAACCUGAUGAUCAAAUAGGUAGACCCCCACCAGUAUAAUUCUUUCCCUGCUACGUCCCUUCAAAACUUUCAGUGGUACAGCCAUCACACUUGCUGAUCACCCUUUUCUUCUCUUUCCCAACAUUAUGGACUUAUCAGAGAAGCUAGGUCUUUGUAUGAUGUUUCCAAAAUAUGAUAAUUUGUGCUUUAAAUGAAAAUUUUGGCUGAAUCGUUCUGUGAUCUGUUCGUUAUUUUCUUGGCUAUUGAUGUUUUCUCACGAGCCUUCUCCAACAUUCAAAAACUUCAGUACUCUUUCCUUUGUGCUUAUUCAAGGUCCAACUUUUGCCUGUGUGAUGCUGAUCUUUGUAGCUCACAAGCAUCUGUAUAUUUUUUCUAAGAUUUUCAUUGCUGCUCUUUCAUGUGCUAGUUUGGGGCAUAUUGCUUUACUACUUUAUAGCUGGUUGGUGAUCCUAAAAUGCAAAAAGUAUUCUCCAUUUUAGUAUCUUCAUUGUCAAUUCUGAGGCUGGUUGCCAUACCAGUUAUUAGUUUGGUCUUUCUUAUAUUUAAUCACCGCCCCAUUCUUUCACUGUC